AAUACUGAACAUCUGUAAGUUGUCAAUUGCCACUCAAUAUAUCCGUCAGCUGUCCAAAGCAGCCAAAUGCCAGAAACUUGACUUUUCAUAAAAAUUCGUAAUUUAAGAUACCUGUACAAGCACCUAUAGUUAAACAUGCCAAGAGUUUAUUAGCCUAUUUCAAAUUCAUGCAUUUAUUCUCAUUUUUCAUACAACAUGACUGAUAUUUUUGAACGACUAGAGUCUAAUAAUAAAGAGGCUGUUGAGAAUGCCAAACAGUGUCUUCGAGAACAAUUCAUUAAAGUUAAUGAGCCUUGGCUACUAAAUGGAUUAUAUGAUUAUUAUUUAAGUACAAAUUCUCAGAGAGCUAUGGAAAUUUUGGUCAAUAUUAAGGAACCUCACCAUGUAUAUUUAUUUGAUAGGUUAUCAGACUCACUGAAAGGUCAAAAAUUGGACACAAAAGUCCAGGCUCUGACACUGUUUGGUUAUGUAGCUCGCAGACAACCCACUUGGUUAUACAAAUUAGAGGAACAUUCUCUAAUUAGAGAAUUACUGAGGUCACUGAGAAAUGAAGUGGAGCUUCUACCAUUGAUAAGUGCACUUCUUGUUCUAAUUGUAUUGUUACCAACGAUCCCUUCAGCAAUGGGAUAUUAUUUAAGAGACAUUUUUGAAAUAUUCAGUCGAUUGGCAUCUUGGAAUUGUAAUCCAGGAAAAUUUGUUGAAGAUCAGUUGAUACAUAUGCAGGUUGCUUUAUAUGCAUUGUUUCUUAGAUUGUAUGGCAUGUUCCCUUGUAGUUUUCUUAUUUAUUUAAAAUAUCAGUACAAAGAUAAGAAUACUCCAGUUUUUGUUCACACAAUAAAGCCUAUGUUAAAUACUGUGAAAAUGCAUCCAUCACUAGUAACAUCCACUGAAGACACUGAGGUUACAACUGAGAGGUGGAGAAGUAAGGGAGUUCAUGAAAUUAUUGUAGAAUGUGAACACUUCAGCUUAGAUUUAACUGACAGAUGUCCUCACGAUUCCUGCCAAUACACUUCAGGUUUUAGGUCUAGAUCUGGAACUACAAAUUCGACCAUCGAAUCUUCAUACCACCUUCAAAAUUUGAAAAGCUUGGCAACCCUUCAAAUUCCAAUGACUGAACCCUCAACUCCUUUCUUUACUCCUAGCAGAAUGUUCAAUUUACAUACUCCACCUAUAGUUGAAGCCAUUCCAACUGGAGUGUCUCAGGUUCAAGACAUUACCUCUCAUUAUUCACUCAGACAAAGUACUUCCUCGCCAGAAGCUGCUGUGGAAGCUACACCUGAAACUACUCCAGUCAGAGAUUAUAGGACCAUUUCAAAUCGAUCUCAACCCCUUAAUUCCAACAUAGCACGUGCCCUAACUAGUUUCACAUCCAAAACUAGAUCGGGUUCGGUGUCCUCUACUCCUUCACAGUCUCAACCUUCAUCACCCAUGCAUAAGGAAUCAUCACCAUUUAAUUUUUCGACCGAAAUCAAAGUAGAACCCAUUAGAUAUAAGAUUAGCAAAUUAAAAUUGGAUAAAUAUCAGGCUCCAGAUACGUCAGAUCUUUCACGAAUUAAACAUUUGCCCAGUACUUCUAGUCCACUACGCAUUACAAACCCCGACAUAUGUUCGAGGCAAUCUAGUUUAAACCAAAGAAGUGAAUCUCCUGUCAGUUUAGAAGAUGAAGAAGUUUUGUCCAUUGUCAGUAAAUCUGACGAUAAUAAAAGUGGAGACAGCCAUUUUGUUAUGCAAGAAGGGGAUGACACUGCAGAAAUUAAAUUGGAAGAACAAGAAAAUGGAUCGCCUUGUAUAGAAGGAGGUCUUCAUAUGCCGAAUUCCAAAUCUAUGAAUAAUUUUGCUAAAAGAGUUCAAAGAUUGAGGCAUCACAGUACCUGUAAUCCUGAACCUGUGAAAAUUGAUACAUCUACUGGAAGUAGUCCUGGAAAUGGUAUAUCCUUCACUAAUGCAACAGUAAGAAGAGCAGUAUCAUGUCCGGAAAUGAAGAAAAGCCCUACCAAUCCGUUAAAAGAUUUGGAUAAAACAUUAGAUGAAACUGACGAAGAGACCAACGAAAAAACCGAAAACUUAACUCAACACAAACCAGCUCCUACAAAAUCAAUUGAUGUUAAUCAUUCUACUACACAAACAGAGAAUUUUUGGCCGUAUGAACAUUUAUUUCUAGGUGUGUUUCCUUCUUUGGAAAUCAAUGAAUUGAAACCAAGUCCGGAUGCCAGUCCGGCAGCUUCUUACACAUAUAACGACAGAUCUCUUCCACCUUCAAUAUAUGAUACGUUAGACCAUUACAUUAAAGUUGCAGUUCGUACAUAUGAGAAGAAUAGUAAGGAGCAGCUAAAGAACCAGUUGGAAUUGGUAUACCAGCAUCUUUUAUUUGAAAGACACAGAAGGGAAACACAUGCAUACAGAAAUAGGAGACUGCUUGCAGAUGCAAAAAGUACAAGAUCUCUAGAAGAAUGUAAUUCAGCACUGAGAGAUACUGUACAGCUUCAGCAAAAAGAUUUGGAUGAUUUGAGAGCCCAAAUUGAAAUAUGCAAGAAAGAUUGGUUGAUGGAAGAUAAAAAACUUAAUAAAACAAUAAAGUAUUGGGAAAAUCAGUAUAAAUCAGUUCAAGAUGAAUGCAAGAUUUUGCAGGCAAACAAUGAGUCUUUGCUUAAAGAUAUUUCAGAUUAUAAAACCCGAAACGCUUCAUUAGAAACGCAGUUAUUAGACGUACAAGCUGAUUUAUUCGAGGCAUUUGCUGAAUUGAAUGUAGCAAAACAAAAACUGCAACAAGGAGAAAAAGGUAAAAAGGAAUUAGAGGAACUUAAUCAAGAGUUGUUACUCAUAGGUGAAUUGCAUUUGAAAUACCAGGAGAGAUUAAAAAUAGUCGAUUGCGGUAAAGUUGACCAAAGCUUAUUAGAAGAUGUGAGAAAAGCUUGCAAUGAAGAGGUCAGGAAUCUUAAUGUACAAUUGGAGACAAAACAGGCAAACAUAGAGGCAUAUAGAAGUAGAGUUGUUGAAUUGGAACAUGCUCUCACCAUGAAAGAUGAUUUAAUACUGUCCCAAAAACAGAUGAUAGGCACAAUUAAUGAAGGAAAAUUCGAAAAAUUAGAGGCAUUAGAAAGCAAAUACCAGACUCAAAUAGUUAUAAAUAGAGGCCUCGAGGAGAAAAUAAUGGAAUUGUGGCAACGAGUGGAUUCAGCUAAAAGACAUGUUGGUUCUCCAGACACUAGCAGUUGUCACGAAGUACAAGUUACAACGACUGCUGGUCUGAGUCCACAUUCUUCACCACUGUCUGCUUCUUUGGCAUCUUCCGAAGGCAGCACUGCUUUUCAUGAAAGAGAAGUUAGAAAUUUACAGGCCAUAGUAGACCAAAGAGAAAUACCAUCAACAUCCAGGUUUGACGAAACGGAAGAAUCAUUCCCCGAAAACGAUUGAUGAUUAUAUUUUCUGAGAAAAUCGACUGAUUUUUCACAAUUUUUAAUGUAUUUUCUUAUUUAUAGAAUUGAAAUUACGACGGCCAUAAGAAAAAAAUCAUAAUUUUGGAUUGAAUAUUAGCGUGUAAGCUUAUUCUACUUAAAUAAGAUUCAAUUCCCCUCACUUUUCCUAUACAAGAGAAAAGGGACUGAUGUUUUAGUAACAACUUAUUGAUAUUAAACCGUUGAUCUCUAAUUUGUUUCUGUAUUACUAUCAAGUGUAAUAUUUUAGAUUGACGGCUUAAUUUGGAAGAAACAAUUUUUGAGCACAACUAUAUUAUUAUUCUUAUAUAUAUUUAUAUAGCUCUCGUCUUUUAUGUAUUAUACUUUGAAUUAAAUAUUUUCUGUAAUUUA